CCCUCCUUUAUCACUUUGUGUGUAGCAGCUCCACUACAAACAUGAAUGGUUAGGAGAAUAGUAGAGUUGUAAAAAUGGAAGAGCAGAGCAAUUUCUACAAAGUCUGUGUAACAGGAGGUUCUGGUUUCAUCGGUUCUUGUCUUGUGAAGAAGCUCCUCGAGAGAGGACACACUGUCCAUGCCACCACCCAAAAUCUAGGGGACGAGUCCAAGGUCAAGCUCCUGAAAUCUUUGCCUAAUGCAGAGAGCAAUCUGGUGCUAUUUCAAGCAAAUAUAUACAACCCAGAUGAGUUUGGACCGGUCAUUGAAGGCUGUCUUUAUGUCUUCCAUCUGGCCACCCCACUUCAGCAUAACCCCGCCACCGCCUCUCCGUACAAGGACACUACAGAGGCUGCCAUAGCUGGGGUGAGGACCAUCGCAGAACUGUGCGGUAGAUCGCCGACUGUCAAACGCCUGAUCUACAUUGGCAGCGUGGUGGCGGCGUCGCCUCUUAAAGAAGAUGGGUCUGGUUAUAAAGCUUGCUAUGAUGAAUCUUGCUGGACUCCUCUGAAUCUUCAAUAUUCUUCCAUUAACAACGAUCUUCUGGCUUAUGUUAGAUCAAAGACAUUAUCAGAGAAAGAAAUACUUAGUUACAAUGAUGAUUGUGUGGGAGUGGAAGUGGUGAGCCUGAUCUGCGGACUGGUGGGAGGGGAUGUUAAGAUGUUGGCAUAUGUUCCGGGGAGUGUAGGAGCUGUAGUAGGGCAGUUAACAGGGAAUCCAUUCAAUUAUUUAUCGUUGAAAAUGAUACAAGAAUUGUUGGGAUCAGUUCCUCUUAUACACAUUGAAGAUAUUUGUGAAGCACUUAUAUUCUGCAUGAAGCAAUCUUCAAUGAACGGUAGGUUUAUGUGUGCGGCUGUUGAUCCAACAAUGUCGGACAUGGCCCUCUAUUUCUUAGAGAAGAAUCCCAAAUUCAAGAUACAGGAUCAUGGGGUGAUUGUUGAAGAAGCAGAAAAGGGAAGCUGUUGUGACAUGUCGAAGCUUAAGAACCUGGGAUUUACUUACAAAUACGACAUGGAUGUUAUAUUAAACGACAGCAUCGAUUGUGUUACCCGAUCAGGCCUCUUGCAACUCUAGUUUGUUUAUAUGUUGAAAACAUAAAAGACAGUUUCUUUUAACAUUUGGAUUGAUUUUGAACUCUUUCUGCUAAAUUAAGUUCCUGUUUGAUUUAA